AUGUUGACGGUCAAUCUGUCUAGCUGGAAGGACCGCCUCACCGACAUUCUGAAGGACGAUGGAUACUCUGCCGCUAACCGCCACACUUAUGAGUAUUCUGGCAACAUCUCGCGCUUCUGGAGUGACGUCUACGUGAGCACCUGGAAAGAGUUUGCAGAGAAUGCCCUCAAGACACCCGAAGUGUCGGCUGAGUUGGAGCAAAAGGCAAUGGAGGAGACUAGGAGGGGAGCCAUGAUUUGGGUCCCCAAGAUCGUCUGGGUCGCCCAGAGGAUUUGA